UCCAGGCAUCCUAUAUGCCAGGGCUGGGCUAGCCCUUCUCACACUCCUUGACUGCACAGCCACCCCUCGAGAUAGGGUUAUUUUCCCAUUCCACAGAUGAGGACACUGAGGCCCAGAGCAUAGUUACUACCCUUCCAGAGCCAGUGAGGAGUUAUUAGUGCAGCAAAAGCUGCCAGCACCCAGUAGCAGGGGAGUGAUUUGAACCCAAAGCCAUCUGAUGCUUCUCACCUCCACUGGCUCUGGGAGCUGGGGUCCUGGUGGGGUGUCAGUGGGUUGAGGGGGUUACAGUGGGCACUCAGGGUAAGGCAUGGGAUGGGAGUCCAGUGUCCCUAGAGGAAGUGCUAGCCCAGGGAGGAGAGCGGGAAGGGGCUGACAUCCCACUCACAGCUCACAUCAGAACAGGGAGCGGGGGAGGGGAAGCACCACAGCAGGGAUCUGGGUCAUGGUGUCCUGUGUGUUCUCAAGGCUGGGCUGUGACGCAGAGCAUGGCCCUGAGCGAGGAGCCCAGCCCAGGCUGUGGGGAGAGGUCAGGGCUGCAAUCUACUGCUCAGCUGUGGCAGUGGGUGGAGCUGAGGAGGAAGGGUAGGCCCGCCAGGCUGCCUCUUCUCUGGGUCCCCUGGACAGAGGGUGCCAGCCAGGGUAGAGACCAAGGGAAGGAGAUGAACAACUACCGGAGGGCCAUGAAGAAGAUGGCAGAGGACAUCCUGCUACUGCAGAAACAGAUCAGCAUCCUAGAGGCAGAGAACCACAUGCUGAGGAGCCAGCUGACCCAGGAGGAAGAAGAAGAGGACAAUACCAACAAGGCCCAGAACUUGGCAUCCAUGAAGAAGAAACUGCUGCUAAGUGAGCUGGACAAGAAGAAGCUGAGGGACAAGGUGCAGCAUUUGCAGAAUGAGCUGAUUCGAAAUGAUCGAGAAAAGGAGCUGCUCCUCCUGCACCAGGCUCAGCAGCCACAGUCAGCACUGCUGAAGCAAUACCAGGACAAGCUGCAGAAGAUGAAGGCUCUGGAGGAGACCGUGAGGCAUCAGGAGAAGGUGAUCAAGAAGAUGGAGCAGGUGCUGGAGGACAGGCUGCGGGAUAGGAAUGAGCCGCUGCAGAAGAGACUGCAGGGAAAACCCAACAUGGCCUUCCCCAUGCUCUCAGCCUCUGGCCUUCCCCCGGCUCCUACGGGAGAGACCCUGCCUGUUGACCUUUACUCAGUGCUGCUGGCAGAAAACUCGAGGCUGCGGGCUGAACUGGACAAGAACCGCCACCAGUCGGCCCCCAUCAUUCUGCAGCAGCAGGCCCUGCCGGUGGACCCUGGGGAGUUAGGAGCAAGAGGAGACCUGGCAGAGAGGCUGCAAGAGACAGAUGGCCCAGGCCACUCCAAGGGCACCCUGCCCGCACAGGAUCUCCUUGCCAACAAUUCAGACAAGUUUAACCUCCUGGCCAAGCUGGAGCGAGCUCAGAGCCGGAUUCUUUCCCUGGAAAGCCAGUUAGAGGACUCAGCUCGACGCUGGGGACGAGAAAAGCAGGACUUGGCCACACGGCUGCAAGAGCAAGAAUAUGGCCUGAGGCACCCUUCCAACACCAUCAUCACGGACCUACCUGUGAGUGAUCCCUCUGGAGGAGCUCCUUGGUGUUCGGGUGGUGCCGCUGGCAGUCACCCCACCCCCAAGUCACUGGGCCUUGAGAAAAACUGUGCAGGGGGUCUAGCUCUCUGGCUGGUAGUUAGAAGACCUGGACUCAACUUCUGCUUGGUUACCAGCUGAAGCCCUUGCCCCAUCUCAAUCCUUCAUCUGUCUAAAGGAGUAGAGAACCAAGGUGUCAAGCCCACCUCCUCCCCUUUGGAUGGUGAUGAGAAUCAAAGACGAGAUGGCUGUGGUUGACAGAUUGCCCACAAGGGCAUUUCCUGAAUGCUCUCACACUGGCUGUACUUUAGGAUUUGCUCGGGGGCAGAGUAGCUGUGGUCCUCACCCCACUCCACUGUGCCUAAGAGUCUCCCAUGAACGCAACCUUGGGCUACUGCAAUGCUGCCAGGGAUGGGAGCAUGUUGCCAGAAACACUGCCAGCUUCCCAAGAACAAAUAGGCUUGUUCACUACUGCCCCUCAAGCUCAGCCCUGGGCACCCAGUCCCCCAAAGCAAAACCCCUGAUUGCUCCCACUCUUGAACCAUCAGCACUCUGCUCAUUUUCAGGCUCCUAGAAAGGCCUGGAAAGGAUGGGAGAACUGAGGGGAACACAGGGCUACCUCUGCAAACUCACCCACUGAGCCCUGAAGACUCUGGGCUGUGACCUGGGUUUGGAAAUCUUUGAGAAGUCACAACCCACUGGGCUUUGGAACCUCUGAAACAUGGCUUUCCAGGCAAGAUGCAUUUUAAUGGGUCUUCCCACUGGGAAUACUCACUUCACUUUGCUUUGCCCACUGCAGAACCCUUCCGCCCUCUCCAAGGACAAAAGGCGACCCUCCAAGCUGGACCCCUUGAUUCCCAGCUCAACAAGCUUUUGAAAUCCCAGCAUACUGACUGAGGACUAGCAGACUUGAGUCCUGGAGCAGGCCUUUCAGUGUGUGCUGAGGAGCCUCAGCCCUGCCCCCUAAAAAUGACUUUAUUAAAUGCUGUCGGUCAGUGA